ACACGAUCCCCUGUUCAGUGACUUUACCUGUUGGGGCUCGUGCAUCGUGCGGCUGAGGAUCGGCACCAGCGAUCAUCAAACAAUCAGCGAAAUGACUCGAGAAUGCGGAGCAAAACUUGGCCUUCUGCUCCUUGAUCAUCGUAAUAGACAUAAGUUUAAGGUUUAACAGUAAAUAACUUGAAAGAAUGGGACAAGGCCUUGGUGGCAUGAUGAGUAUUCUGCCUGAUCAUCACCAAGCUGCAGGCUAUGGACGCCACAAAGCGCUAUUCACAACGGCUAAUGCACGCCCGGACAUUCCAGUCACUUAAGGUUAAUUGUCCGUCCCAGCCUCUAUUCAGUUUCGGCAUAGCACAGCGAGAUAAAGGCUGCACUCUUUUCAUUUCUCAGCCUGAUUGCUCUUGGCAAGGUUGACGGUCAGGGGAGAUCCUCGCCAGCUAGAAGAUCAUGACACCACAAAACCCGAUACAGAAGAGGGGUAAUGCGUUGGCGGCGUGUUAUAAAUGACUCUUGAGUGCCACGGCCCAGCCUCGCUGUCGGGAGGGGCUUUCAGGCUUGACUGACGUUUAUUCUUUUCUUCAAGUUUGAAUCCGGCAUUCUGCCCAGCAUGCGGUUCUAUCAGAUUGCACCCCUUGGCCUCUGGGUAGGCAAAGGUGCGGCGAGUGGCAGUCAGCUCUUCCACGACACCUUCCAGCUGAACAAGUUACCUGACAUGGUGUCACUGGCCGAUGCCAAACUGAAAGACAUCGUACUCCCCGACUCCAUCUCUGAAUUCACUGAGUGGAUCGGAGGAAUCCCAGAACCACAAGCCUUUGGUUUACAGCCCAGACAACGGCAGUGUGUCGACGCAGGAUACUAUCCAUGCUCAAGCGGCCUCGGAUGCUGUCCUGAAGGUAGCACCUGCGUCUCCAGCGGGUGCUGUCGAGGUAAUGCCAAACAAUGCGGCGCAGGCCGAUGUUAUGAUCCAUCAUCACAGAUUUGUUGCAGUAGCGGUACCGCUUGUCUCAAAGGUCAGACCUGUGUCAGUGGAGGUUGCUGCAGCAGCGGUGAGACCAAGUGUGGCUCUUCUGGAUGCUAUAACCCGAACACCUCGGUUUGUUGCGGAGGUAUCGGUAGGAACUGCCCCAAGGGAUAUGACUGCAUGCCAGGUGGAGGGUGUUGUCCAUCCGGCCAGAAGCGCUGUGGUAAUAGCAAGUGUUAUAACCCACGAACGACCACUUGCUGUACCGGACCUGGAACUGUCUGGGCCUGUCCAAAGUCCAGUGAGUGUUGUUCAACUGGAUCUUGUGCCAACCCCUCGACUCAAAAGUGCUGCGAGAAUGGAUCGUGCUUGAAGGGGACUACAUGCUGCGACAAAGAGUGCUGUCGAUCGAAUGGUUACUGUGCCUCCGAUGGCUACUGCAAGCUAUGCCCUGCUGCCACUAAGACCAUCAAGUCGACGAACACAGUCACCACAACUAAGAUGAAGACGGUCCGCGUUACAACUGACAUCGAGCCUGACACUGGCAACGCUCCCGAGUUUACAUGUGUGCCCAUGACAGCUACCAACGAUGAAGGUGCAACACUUGAGCUUGAUGAGGGAUGUACUCUGCACUACGAGCCUCCUGAAGCUACCACCACUGACAAUGCCGCUGCUCGUCUUCGCCGUGAUGCCGCAACAGCACCUGCCCACGUCAACAGAGGACACGGUCUCCUGGCAAGACAGGCUUCAUGCACACCCUAUACAACUGUUACAAGAACCGAAUGGGAGACCGAGACCGAGACUGAAACUGGCACAAAGACCAUCACGGUCCAAGGCGAAGAUGCGACGUUCUCCUGCCCUGAAAUGGAAGUCACCAACGAUGUCGGUGAUACUCUUGCUCUUGAUGCCGAGUGCGUCUUGUCAUUUACGCCGGCUGAAACAACAAGUUCUGAGGAGGGAGCGUCAGCGCAGGAUCGGCCGACGGAUGAGCUUCAGGUCCCGGCUGGAACUGGAGAGGAGAGUACUACUACGGUAACAGCUACUGCAGGGAGUGGAGGUUCGAAUGAUAAUAGCGGCGCUAUUGAGAGAGCCUCGUUGUCACUAAUGUUGAGUUUUGCUGGUGUUGCAAUGUUUGUGCUUGUCAAUUAGGGGACAACUGUUUGUCUAGUAAUUAUACACUUUGGGUUUCAUGUUUCUUAAAUAGCCUUUUCCUAUCGAUUUAAUAAUUACAGAGCUCCUGUCUAACCAAGCUAAGUACAAGUUAACCAAAAA